GAAGCGGUGAGGCCAGAGGAGCCCUGCGCGCCGUGAAGCGCGGACCAGCUUGGCGAUGCACGCCCUCACCGGCUUCUCGUUGGUCAGCUUGCUCAGCUUUGGCUACUUGUCCUGGGACUGGACCCAGCCUAGCCUACUGGCCGAUGGGCCAGGAGAAGCUACCGCGGAGCAGCCCUCAGCCGAUCCAUCCCAGCCUCCCCACAUCAUCUUUAUCCUCACCGAUGACCAAGGCUAUCACGACGUGGGCUACCAUGGUUCAGAUAUCGAGACCCCUACGCUAGACCGGCUGGCAGCUGAGGGCGUCAAAUUGGAGAAUUAUUACAUCCAGCCUAUCUGCACGCCUUCGCGGAGCCAACUCCUAACUGGCAGGUACCAGAUCCACACAGGACUCCAGCACUCCAUCAUCCGCCCAAGGCAACCUAACUGCCUGCCCCUGGACCAGGCAACACUGCCUCAGAAGCUACAGGAAGCAGGUUACUCCACCCACAUGGUGGGCAAAUGGCACCUUGGCUUCUACCGGAAGGAGUGCCUGCCCACCCGCCGGGGCUUCGACACCUUCCUGGGCUCGCUCACGGGCAAUGUGGACUACUACACCUAUGAUAACUGUGAUGGCCCAGGGGUGUGUGGCUUUGACUUACACGAGGGUGAGAGCGUGGCCUGGGGGCUCAGUGGUCAGUACUCCACUAUGCUCUAUGCCCAGCGUGCCAGCCACAUCCUGGCCAGCCACAGUCCCCGGAGACCCCUCUUCCUCUACCUGGCCUUCCAGGCAGUACACACACCUCUGCAGUCCCCACGAGAAUACCUGUACCGCUACCGCACCAUGGGCAAUGUGGCCCGGCGGAAGUAUGCAGCCAUGGUGACCUGCAUGGAUGAGGCGGUACGCAAUAUCACCUGGGCCCUCAAGCGCUAUGGCUUCUACAACAACAGCAUCAUCAUCUUCUCCAGUGACAACGGCGGCCAGACUUUCUCAGGGGGCAGCAACUGGCCGCUCCGAGGACGCAAGGGCACUUACUGGGAAGGUGGUAUUCGAGGUCUCGGUUUUGUCCACAGCCCUCUGCUCAAGCGAAAGCGAAGGACAAGCCGGGCACUGGUGCACAUCACCGACUGGUAUCCGACUCUGGUGGGUCUGGCAGGUGGUGCCACCUCAGUGGCCGACAGGCUAGAUGGCUAUGACGUGUGGGCAGCCAUCAGUGAGGGCCGGGCCUCACCACGCACGGAGAUUCUGCACAACAUCGAUCCUCUCUACAACCAUGCCCGGCAUGGCUCACUGGAGGAUGGCUUUGGUAUUUGGAACACAGCCGUGCAGGCCGCCAUCCGUGUAGGUGAGUGGAAACUGCUGACGGGAGACCCCGGAUAUGGUGACUGGAUCCCACCACAGACACUAACCAACUUCCCUGGCAGUUGGUGGAACUUGGAGCGGAUGGCCAGUGUCCGCCAGGCUGUGUGGCUCUUCAACAUCAGCGCCGACCCCUAUGAGCGGGAGGACCUGGCUGACCAGAGGCCUGACGUGGUCCGAGCCCUGCUGGCCCGUCUGGUGGACUAUAACCGCACGGCCAUUCCUGUGCGCUACCCGGCAGAGAACCCCCGGGCCCACCCUGACUUUAAUGGGGGUGCUUGGGGACCCUGGGCCAGUGAUGAGGAGGAAGAGGAAGAAGAAGAGGAAGGCAGGGCUCGGGGCUACUCCCGGGGUCGCCGCAAGAAAAAGUGUAAGAUUUGCAAGCUGAGAUCCUUUUUCCGAAAACUCAAUACCAGACUGAUGUCACACCGGAUCUGA